AUGUCCGAAAACCUUGCCAAUGACGAACGUGAUGAUCCGACGAUCUGGAAUCCUGAAGAGGACAUCGAGAUGCUGUCGAGAGUAAUUAGUUUUGAUGAGGUUGUUAAAACAUCAAUCGACACAUUCCGCAGCACGUUUGGUGUCGAGCCGGACCUUGCCGCUUGUGCCCCCGGCCGAGUCAACCUGAUCGGUGAGCAUAUCGACUAUAACGACGGUUUCGUCCUACCGAUGGCACUCCAGCUGGGAACGGUGAUCGUUGGACGGCGCAACGGAACCGACUCGACCUGCGACGUGGUUACCUGUUCCGACAGCAUCAAGGAGGGUACGAAGCGCGCCCAAUUCGACAGCAGUACCAUCGCAAAAGGAUCGCCCAAAUGGCUUAACUACGUCAAAGGUGUGAUGUUUCAUUUCCGCCAGCCAGUGCCGGGCUUCGACGCGGUCAUCCAUACGAAUGUACCCGUGGGCAGUGGCCUUUCUAGCUCGGCUGCCUUAGAGGUGGCCACGUUAACUUUUCUCGAGCAGCUUACCGGGAAAAGGAUUUCAAGUGCGGCCGAAGGUGCCAAGAUGUGUCAGCGUGCGGAGCACACGUUUGCGAAUGUACCCUGUGGAAUAAUGGAUCAGCUGAUUGCGCUCGGAGGUCGUGCGGAUCAUGCACUCUUGAUCGAUUGUCGCAAUCUGGACACCGAACCGAUUCCCUUCGAUGCUCCCGAGCUAGCGAUUCUCAUCUGCAACUCUAACGUGAAGCACGAGCUGUCCUCGAGCGAGUACCCAGUAAGACGGAAACAGUGCCAGGAAGCGCUAGAGCUGAUGGGGUUAUCGAGCUACAGGGAUGCAACGCUCGAACAUCUGAAGGCGCUGGAGAACGCCAACGAAGUGUUGGUGCGUCGGGCCCGGCACGUCAUUACGGAAAUUCAGCGCACAAAGUCGGCCACCGAAGCACUCAAGGCGAAGAACUUCGUUAAGAUGGGCCAGCUGAUGACGGAAUCGCACAAAUCGCUAAGCGAAGACUUCGACGUAUCCUGCUACGAGCUGGAUCUGCUGGUCGAGGCCACGAUUGCGACACGCGGCGUGCUCGGGUCGCGCAUGACCGGCGGCGGUUUCGGCGGCUGUACCGUCACGCUGGUGGAACGCGCUGCCCUGGCCGACGUGGUGAAGGAGAUGGACACGAUCUAUUCGCGCAAAACGGGCGGCAAGUAUCGGGCUCGGUUUUAUCUGGCUCAACCCGGCAACGGUGCGCGAUCGAUCGAGCUGAGCGAAUAUUUGCGAUAA